AUGAGCCCCGAGGAGGGAGAGAGGCUCUUGUUCCCUUCCUUCGUCUUCCCGGACGGUUUCCCGGCGGACGACGCCACACCAGCCGUCUCCGGUGCUCGAUCGAGUGUUCAACCGCAAUGCGCUGUUGCUGAUUCUCAAGUGCGUGUGGGUGCAGGUGGAGAGCAGAAGAAGGCCGGCCGGCAGCGGCGGCGGAGGAGGGCGAGGCAGGCAGCGGCAGGCGAAGGCGCGGGAGGGGACGAUGCGGCGAAGAAACGCCGGCUGAGUGACGAGCAGGCGCAGUUCCUGGAGAUGAGCUUCAGGAAGGAACGUAAACUGGAAACGCCCCGCAAGGUGCAGCUCGCCGCGGAGCUGGGCCUGGACACCAAGCAGGUCGCGGUGUGGUUCCAGAACCGCCGCGCCCGCUACAAGAGCAAGCUCAUCGAGGAGGAGUUCUCCAAGCUCCGCGCCGCCCACGACGCCGUCGUCGUCCACAACUGCCACCUCGAGGCCGAGCUGCUGAGGCUCAAGGAGAGGUUGGCGGAGACGGAGGAGGAGAAGAACAAGGCCAUGGCGGCGGCGGCGGCGGCGACAACGGGCGGCGGGGGUGGCAGCAGCCCGAGCUCUUCGUCGUUCUCGACGGUGACGGCAAUGGUAGGGGGGCAGCAGUUCGGGAUGGAGGAGGUGGAGACCGACCUCACCUACAUGAGCGAGUACGCCUACACCAACUACAUGAUGGACUUGGCGGCCGGCGGCUACCUCGGAGGGGUGUACGAUCAGUUCAGCUGA